ACUUCUCUUCCUCGCCGGUGGGUAGGUGAAAGUCCAGGUCAAAUCCGAACCGCUACCAUCUCAUCCUCACCAGCCUAAAACUCGUCUCUCUUCUUGCCACAUCUCUCUCAUGACCCUUCUUUCUCUCAAUAUCUUCCAAUGAGAUUCCAAAUCUCUACUCUCUUCCUUCUCUUAUCUCAAAUUUUCAUCUUCACCUCUCCUUUUAUUGUUUCAGCUCUAUGCCACGAAGACCAGAAGAAUGCAUUACUACAAAUCUUCUCCAAUUACUCGGCCCUCCCAUCUUGGAAAUCCAAAAACAACUCCAAUUGCUGCCUCUGGGAUGGCAUCACGUGCGACAACACCACCGGUCUCGUGAUCUCCCUCGAUGUCAGCAACCGCUCCAUCUCCGGCCGCAUCAAUUCCAACAACCUUGCCAACCUCUCUAGCCUCCAAAUUCUCAAUCUCUCUUACAAUUAUUUCAAUUCUUCCAUUCCACUCAAUCUCGAUUCGCUCUCGAAUCUCAUCCAUCUCAACCUCUCCAAUUCAGGUUUUACUGGCCAAAUCCCGCGCGAGAUCGCUCACAUCCGUAAUCUGGUCUCGCUCGAUAUAUCUACCUUUUUUCUCCGCAACCCUCUUACUUCUCUCAAACUAGAAGAUCCGAGCAUCGAAACGCUCCUUCGGAACCUGUCCGGACUGACAAAACUCCAUCUCGACGGUGUACGCAUCUCUUCUCCAUUGCCUGAGUUCUUGUCGGAUUUUACUAAUUUGACAUGUCUCCGCCUCAGUUCUUGCAGGCUGCAGGGAGAAUUCCCUGCAAAGAUAUUUCAAUUGCCCAAGUUGGAGGUUCUCGACGUAUCGGGUAACACUUUUCUGAAUGGUUCUUUCCCUGCUGAAUUGCCUACGGAAAAUGCUUUACAAACGUUGUUACUCUCCGACACCAGAUUUUCCGGGGAGCUUCCAUAUUCCUUCGGUAAUCUCAGGCACUUGAUCAGAUUACAGAUUGGUGGUUGCGAAUUCUCUGGUCAAAUCCCGUAUUCUGUGAGGAAGAUUGGGGGAAUUGUUCAUUUGGACCUUUCAUCGAAUGGAUUUAACGGUUCAAUUCCGAGUCUGGAUAACCUUUCCAAUCUCACGUAUUUGGACCUUUCAAUGAACAAUUUCAGUGGCACAAUCCCGUCUCUGGAGAGUCUUACGAAGCUGGUUCGAUUGGACCUUUCAUGGAAUGCUUUUAGUGGUCCGAUUCCACCUCUGAAAUCGUUGAGGAGCGUCACCGAGAUAGUCCUUUCUUCUAAUAAUUUAAACGGCACGAUCCCUAACUCCUUUGGAGAUGGACUUCAGAAGCUAAAAUUGCUUAACCUACAGAGAAAUUCGCUAUAUGGGACGAUACCCUCAUCUCUGUUUACUCUCCCAUCGUUGCAGGCAUUACUACUCAGCCAAAACCAACUCAAUGGCCAACUCGAUGAGUUUGCUAAUCCUUCAUCGAAAUUGGAGACGGUUGAUUUGAGCAACAAUCAGCUGCAAGGUCAGAUUCCACAGUCACUCUUCAAUCUCGUGGGUGUUAAAGUACUCGAUCUCUCAUCCAACAAGUUCAAUGGCAGCGUGCAACUAGCCAUUCUCGGCAGCCUCAAGAACCUCUCGGGCCUUGAUCUUUCAGAUAACCGCCUGUCAGUCAACACUGAUGCCCCUAUUCAUUCCUUUCCUCAGCUCGGGAGAUUGUAUUUGGGUUCAUGCAACUUAACAGAAUUCCCAGAAAUCCUGAAAAACCAAUCGAAGAUGCAGUAUCUGGACCUUUCCAACAACAACAUUCAUGGAGAAAUACCCAGGUGGGUGUGGGACAUUGGUAAUGGGUUUCUGAGUUCUCUGAAUCUUUCUCAUAAUUCGCUGACUGGUCUCCAACAACCUUACAAUCUAUCAUCGAUCAAAAAUUUGGUCAUCCUCGACCUUCACUCCAAUCUGCUGCAAGGAUCGAUUCCGCUUCCACCUCCAUCCAUCAUUGUCCUAGAUUACUCGAACAACAGCUUCACAUCAAGCAUCCCGUCUAACUUCACCAACUCCCUCAAUUUCACCAUUUUCUUUUCAAUCGCAGGCAACAGGAUCAGCGGUAAAAUCCCUCCAUCUAUCUGCAAUGCAAAUUAUUUGCAGGUCCUUGAUCUGUCUAAUAACAACUUGAACGGCUCGAUUCCAGAAUGUUUGAUUGAGAUUAGCAAUGUGCUCGGCAAACUGAAUCUUCGGAACAAUAGCUUUACGGGCAUCAUACCUGAUAUUUCGAGUGUGAACUGCAGUCUAAGGACGCUAGACCUGAAUGGAAAUCAACUAGAAGGGCAAUUGCCAAAAUCUUUGGCCAAUUGUAGUGAGCUAGAGGUUCUUGACGUUGGAAACAAUCGGUUAAAUGGCACUUUCCCUUACUAUUUGGAUGCCCUAUCCAACUUGCGGGUUCUUGUUUUGCGGUCCAACGGAUUCAGCGGCUCUAUUUUGCAGCUCCUUAAUGUGUCUUUCCCAAAGCUACAAAUCAUCGACCUCUCUUUGAAUGGUUUUUCAGGUAAUUUGCCUCGGAACUGCUUCCAAACUUUGAGAGCGAUGAUAUAUGGGGAGGAGGAUGAAGAACCAGGUUUCUACCAAGCAACCUCGCUGUACUACCAGGAUACUGUUUCUGUCACAAGCAAAGGACUAGAAAUGGAGCUCGUGAAGAUCUUAACCAUCUUCACAUCCAUAGAUCUUUCGAACAACAAUUUUGAAGGUGAGAUUCCAACGGUGAUAGGAGAUCUCAACUUGCUCCACAUGCUUAACCUGUCACAUAAUGGGCUUACAGGCCAAAUCCCGGCAUCGCUUGGGAACUUGACUCAGCUUGAGUCGUUAGAUCUCUCUCAAAACCAACUCUCAGGGGUGAUUCCUCAGCAACUGUCAAACCUAACAUUUCUCUCAGUGUUGAACGUCUCGCAUAACCAACUUGUCGGAAGCAUACCACAAGACCGUCAAUUCUCUACAUUUACCAGUGAGAGUUUCAUUGGAAACUUAGGAUUAUGUGGCCCGCCAUUGUCAAGAAAAUGUGCAGUUCCCAAUGCGCCACCCCCCUUGGCAGUCGGGGACUCAUCAGCAAGCAGAUUCGAUUGGGAACUCAUAUUCAUAGGACUGGGAUUCGGAGGAGGAAUGGGAAUGUUUGCCGGUCCACUUAUUUUUUGGAGGAAAGGGAGGAGACGGUACAACAAACACGUUGAUCGAGUUGUGUUAAUGAUUUUCCCAUCAGGUGUGUUUUAUGAUCUUGAUUGUGAGGAGCCGCGGAUCAAGGCAGAAGAGCAAGUCGAUCAAGAUUGUACGGAAAAUACAACGGAUUUUGAUGGAGAGGAAAAGGAGUGCCAUCAACGAUUCUGCGUGUUCUGUACACAAGUGGAUGCUAGGUGGGAGAGGGUCAUACAUAAGGAAUGUUCUUGCUAUGAUCUUUCACCGCCUUUUUCUUCUCCACCGAGCCAAAUUCCUGAAGCAACACCUGAUUGAAAGGGAAAUCUGGACCUUUUAGUUUUGAUUGAGCUUUUGUAUAUUGACAGAAAUGUAAAAGGAUACUGCUUUUCUACUUUGUUCUCCCUUUUAUUUUGUGUUAUCUGUAAUGUGUUCACAGAAAAUGAUUAAAAAAGUAUAUUUUGACGGUUGCGAAUCUUUGCAAUUGGUAAUGCUUUAAACCAGAUGGAUAAAUCUAGAUGCUCUAUCUGCUGGGCCACAUUUUGGAUGACCCAGCUUAGGAAUACAAUACUAGUUUUUCUAAUCCUCUGUUUUAGUUCUCUGAAACCAAUCAGAGUGCUAGAGAGAAUAAAUAAAUAAAUAAAAGAGAGUCAGCAGUCCGAUGAGGUGAGGUAAGCCUAUUAAUUAGACAGUUAGGAUCAUCCAUCAUAGGGCCCACCGAAUGAACAAUCCCAAUUCACUGAUCCCAUUGACAUCCACAGUUAGGACAAAACUCCCCAAAACCACUUAAUUCCAAAUUGAGCUAGUAGGCAAGCUUAGAGGAAGAAAUUGAAAGAGGAAAAGAAAUCCCUCCCGACCUAGUCUUCUCUUGUCUAGGUCUCCUUUGUCCAUUAGUUUAGAUGAUCUAGACUGUUCAUCAGGUGGGCCUUAACGCGAAAGGGCUAUGAUCGCAAUUCAUACUAGUCAAACGCUACUCAUCAAAUGGGUGAUUAACCCAAUUGCUCCGGGAAUACCGUUUGCUUGACCUAUUCCUGUUUGAACAGCAUUACCAAGGUUCCUCUUUCAAGUGAUAUUCAAUGGGAUCGACUAGACCAUUUCUUCAUCUGAUGGGAUUGCAUGUGCCUCCCUCAAUCGAAAGUUCAAUUCUAUCUCAACCACUCAUUUUCAAACAACGCAAACGUUUGUAAGAAAAGCUUAUCUUACAAAUGGUUGUAUAUGUCACUCGUAUAUGAGAUGCUGCGUGUAGCGAAACAUAUUAGUGAAUUUACGGAUUCAAGCGCUUGUAAGAUAUUUGUAUUGGAUCCUCCCUCUUUCU